UCUUUCUCUUCAGUAUCUCUCUAUCUUUCUUUUCAAUCUUCCAGUCUCUUCCUCCUUCUUUUUGUUUCUUCCUUUUGAUUCUGUCUCACCUUCCAUUCUCAUUAUUAUCAUCAACAGAGAAUCAGAAUCAUUAUCAUCAACAACAUUCUCAUCUCUUUAUCUUCCUCUUUCUUCCACCGCCACCACCACCACCACCAUCAUCAUCUACAUCGGUACAACAACAUCAUCCUCAUCAUCUUUCAAAUAAUCUUCCUGUUACUCUGAACUAUCAUCAGCAUCAUCAUCGUUCAUUGUUGUUAUUGCUUCUUCAUCUGGUUUACUAUUGUUGGUAACAUCUAAAUAAGAUACAGAAAAAAACCUUAUCCGUUUCUGUUAUUUACUGUUAAUUCAGUUGAAUUUUGUCUCCUAAUUGUGAUUCAAUUUUCAGUUGUUUUCAUGAUUAUCAUCAGAAUCAAACCAUCUUAGUUCUCAUUUAUCAUCUUCAUCAUUUAUCAUCACAAUUAAGUAUCAACGUUAAAUCAACAUGGGUGAAAAAGGUGAAGCCAUGAUGAUGAGUGUAUCAUGUAAGGAUGACCAGGGUUCAGAAAAAGAUGGUUCCAGUGGUAAGAAUAUGUAUCUCUAUGGUGAGGAGCCGAAUGAAAGACCCGCCGUGUCAACUAUUUUAUCCAAAUUGGCCAAUUACAAUUAUCUGCCUUUACCCAGUAAGGAGGGAAGUGAUCCCAAUGAGCCUGGAAAAGAGGGCGGCGGCGGAGGUGGUGGGGCACAAUUGGGAACCAUAGCGGGUGUUUACCUUCCCUGUAUACAGAAUAUUUUUGGUGUUAUCCUUUUCAUCCGAAUGGUUUGGAUUGUAGGUACCGCCGGUGUACCAGCGGCGUUUCUAAUUGUUUUUAUCUGUUGUUCUGUUACCUUUUGCACAUCCAUUUCCCUUUCCGCCAUCGCAACCAAUGGUAUAGUUCCAGCGGGUGGGUCAUAUUUUAUGAUCUCAAGGGCACUUGGACCGGAAUUUGGUGGAGCGGUGGGUGUACUUUUCUUCCUUGCCACCGGCGUUGCUGGUGCCAUGUACAUUACCGGAGCCAUUGAGAUUAUAUUGAAAUAUAUUGCACCUGAAUUUGCACUUUUCGGUGAUCUCAAUGAACAAUCAAUCCUCUAUCAUAAUAUACGAUUCUAUGGGACAAUUAUUUUAAUCAUCUCGGUGGGAAUUGUUUUCAUUGGGGUUAAAUUUGUAUCCAAGGUGGCUCCCUUUGCCCUGGCUAUUUGCCUGUUGUCCAUUUUUAGCAUUUACUUUGGUGUCUUUAUCAACUACAAUGGGACACCCGACACAUUUUGCAUGGUGGGUGAAAGGAUAAUGUCAAAUCAGGGUUACAAGAAUUGCAAUAAAAACUCAUCCGAUCCUGAUUCCAUUUGGCAUGUUUUCUGUGUUUUCCAUAAUCAAUCGGUAACCGAACCUGAUCAGGUCAAAGUGGGACCGGGAAGGUAUAAUCGACGGAUGGACAUUCGCCUUCAACAUAGAGCAGAAAUUGAUGGAACCAUGAUUGAACCUCAUUGGGACUGUGAUCCUUAUUUCAAGAAUCAUGAGGUCUCAUUGGCCAGGUCAGUUCCAGGUAUCGCUUCAGGGGUAAUCAAGCAAAAUCUUAAGGUUAGAUUCCGUGAGAAAGGUGAUGUAGUCACUCUCGAUGAAGAUGCUCGUUAUCUACCUGACCUGCCACCUUAUUCAAAUGUAUUCGUGGACCUUACAACUUCAUUCACCUUUUUCGUCGCUGUUUACUUUCCCUCGUGUACGGGAAUUCUGGCCGGUUCAAAUCGCUCUGGUGACCUGAAGGACGGUCAAAAAUCGAUACCAGUGGGAACCAUAGCUGCUCAACUGACCACCUCGUUUGUUUACCUUUCCUCGGUUAUCCUGUUUGGAGCCUGUUUCAAUAAUCUUUUCAUCCGUGACAAAUUUGGAGCCUGUGCUGGUGGUCAACUAGCGGUCACUUUGGUAGCCUGGCCUUAUCCCAAGCUAAUCGUUUUCGGUGCCCUUUUCUCAACCCUCGGGGCAGCUCUUCAAUCAUUAACUUCAGCACCUCGUCUAGUACAAGCCAUUGCACAUGAUGGUAUCAUUCCGUUUCUCAAUAAGUUUGCCGUCAUCGAUUCACGCGGUGAACCAGUCAGAGCCCUCGCACUGACCACGGUCAUCGCUUGGGCCGCUCUACUCAUCGGUAACCUCGACUUUAUUGCACCCAUAUUAACAAUGUUUUUCCUAAUGUGUUAUAUGUUUGUUAACCUCGCCUGUACACUUCAAUCAUUACUUAAAACACCAAAUUGGAGGCCAAGGUUCAAAUAUUAUCAUUGGUCUUUAUCAAUGACAGGGGUAUUCCUUUGUCUAUUUGUUAUGUUCAUUUCUUCAUGGUACUAUGCGUUAGCAGCAAUAAUUAUCGCCGGUUGUAUAUAUAAAUAUAUUGAAUAUCGUGGGGCUGAAAAGGAGUGGGGUGAUGGUUUCCGUGGGUUGGCACUUUCAGCGGCUCGAUAUUCAUUAUUAAGAUUAGAAGAUGCUCCUCCUCAUACUAAAAAUUGGCGACCACAGAUAAUGGUUUUCCUUAAAUUAUCCCAUAAUGAUGAUUUGGCCAUCAAACGACGUAACUUGUUAACCUUUGUGGCUCAACUAAAGGCGGGAAAAGGUCUCACUUUGGUCUGUUCUUGUAUAGAGGGAAGUACAAAUUCAAUUGAAGCUCAGGCCAGAGCAUCGGCUGCCAAACAGACCAUUGUAAAAGCGAUGCACGAUGAGAAAGUUAAAGGAUUUGUCAAUAUACUAAUUACAAAUAGCGUUGUUGAUGGUUUAUCAUAUUAUAUCCAAUCAGCUGGAUUAGGUGGAUUGAAACAUAAUACAAUUCUUCUUGGAUGGCCUCAUGGUUGGAGACAAUCAAUGAAUACUAGUAAAGUGGAUAUUUUCCUGCAAACGAUUAAAAAUGUUACUGCCUCUAAAAAUGCUUUGUUGGUUCCCAAGGGCGUUGACCAGUGGCCUGAGACGUCGACAUCUCCAGGAUUAACUGGUUUUAUUGAUGUUUGGUGGAUUGUCCAUGAUGGUGGAAUGCUCAUGUUACUUCCCUUUCUAUUGAAACAGCACAAAGUUUGGAAAAAUUGUAAACUACGGGUAUUCACGGUCGCUCAACUUCAAGAUAAUUCAAUUCAAAUGAAGAAAGACCUGAAAGCCUGGUUAUAUGCAAUCAGAAUUGAAGCUUCCGUUGAGGUGAUUGAAUUUAAUGAUUCCGAUAUAUCACAAUACACCUAUGAGAGAACCCUUAGAAUGGAACAACGAACCGAAAUGUUGAGACAAAUGGCUAAAGCCGCUGCUGAGGCUAAUUCAGGUUCUUCGGGUGGUGUUUCAAGUGGAACGGUGGCCAAAGCGGUUCGUUUUGCCACUAGACGUAAAUCAUCAACAACCUCUAAUCCAAACUCCGAUCCGUCUUCCCCACCCUCUUCUGGACCCACUGCCACGGUUGUUGACAUAAUACCCUCACAACCAGUUUUUACCGUUUCUCAGGCCACACCACCAAGUUCACCUGAAAGAAAACACAAAAAUAUAUUGGAUAAUGUGCCAAAUCAAGAUGAAAAUGCUCCUCAACCCUCUACACACCCUCCCUUGGAAACUAAUAAACUUCUCAACCUUAAACCGGAUGAAAAUAAUGUCCGCCGGAUGAACACUGCUGUUAAAUUAAAUGAAGCCAUUGUGGACAAAAGUCAUUCAGCGAAGCUCAUUUUCAUCAAUCUACCAGGACUGCCACGAGAUAUUGCCCAUGGAAAGAGUUCAUCGUCUGAAUCAGCUCAUCAUUAUAUGGAAUUUUUGGAAGCUUUGACCGAGGGAUUGGAAGUUGUUCUUGUUCGUGGUGGCGGUCGUGAAGUUAUCACCAUUUACUCUUAACCCACCAAGAAAGAAUUAUUAUUAUUAUUACAAUUAUAAAUUAACUAAUUAAUGAAUUACAUGGAGAGACAAGAAAGUAAAUCAGCUAUGAAAAAAGAGGCAAAUGUGGAGAGAAAAGAUUCUGAUAGGCAAGAAUUAACCAGGAAAACAAAUGGUUAUACAAAAGGGAAUCAAAUGGAUCCAAUUAAGGUGUUUGAAAGAGUAAAGGUAAAAUAGGAAAAUGGCGACGAAACUGGUGAAGUGACCAUUUCUUUUUGUUUUAUGGAUCUUCAUCUAUGGUUAAUAGAUUCUCGUAGUGUUACACAUGCCGGUUCCAAUUAUGAAUCUUCGAUUAAAUUGAGAGCUCAUCAUUUUAUUGUUCGUUAUAUAUUAUUAUUGUUAUAUCCGAUUCUCUUCCUAUUCUCUCUUUCAUUGUAUCUCUUGACCGCUCUUUCUGUCUUCAUCUUCCGUUUUUAAAUUAAUUUCUAGUCAAUUUCUAUCUAUCUUAUUGGUCACCUUUUCUCUUCACUCACACUCAUCCAUUUCAUCAUUAUCAUCAACACCCUCAUCAUCAUCUAUAACUCAUACUCAAUGGUCAACGACAGUAAAACUAAUUUGGAUUAAACCAUCAACAACAAAGCGAAAAAACUUAUCAUCAAAUUUGACUAGUGAAUCCAUCAUCAUCCCGUAGUUUAUACAAUUAAUAUUUACCUGAUCUUAAUGAGAGAUGAAGGGGAAAACUUCACCAAAUCUCAUCAAUAAAUUUGCAAAUCUCACCAAAAACAAAAACAAA